CGCAUGCGUAUUCAAACAAGCGAUGUCAAACCGCAGAAGUGAAGCUGAUCGUGUGAUAACUACCUCAUGAACUGGUGAAUGGACAGGGCUAGUUCGGAUCAGACGGUUGUCGCUGAAGGGUUUGUUAAACAACAAAAAGCCUAAAAAAAAGGCAACAUGUUUGGCAAAAAGAAGAAGGCACCGAUGCCCAAAGGACAGGGCGCUGCUGCGGCCAAACAGAUGGGGUUAUUUGUGGACUUGAACCCAGAGGAGAUGAUGAUGGGUGCGGAGGAAAACCUGGACGACCCGGAUCUGGAGGCUGAACUUGCUGCUAUUACUGGAAAUAAAGCAGCUGCUAGAGGAAAAGCCAAGCCAAAGGGGAAAAGCCCUCUGCCCAUGGAAGACAUUGCAAAAAUGGCUGACGAGUGCAUGCGAGACGUGGAUGAGGAUGAUGACGACAACAAUAUUGAAGAUGAUGAAGAUCUAUUGGCCGAGCUCCAGGAAGUGGUGGGUGACGAGGAAGUCGGGGAUGCAGCAACUCCUUCCUCCACAUCCUCCGCCUCUGCUGAGUCUUCUCAAGUCGAAACAGUCGAGCCUCCAACUGCACCGGAAGUAAAGGUCUCCAAAGCAGCGCCUGGUAGCCUCCAGCAUACUCUGGAGGAGCGAGCAGAGAUGUACAAGACGGCGAUAAAGAAUGCAAAGUCUGCAGGAGAGACAUUAAAAGCCAGAAGAUAUGAUCGGGGUCUGAAGACUCUGGAGUCGAUGAUAGCCGCUGUGGAAAAAGGAAAUCCUGUAAACGAAUCGGAGAUCCCGCCACCUGUAGCUACCGGAGCCCCAACCGCCACAUCUCAACCCGCUGUCCCUUCCAGACCCGCACCCCCUGUCCCCUCGCGUCUUGAGGGGGAGACGGAGACGACCACGCUGCCGACGGCCUCACCUGAUGCCGUCACACCCAGCAGUGAAGAAGAGCGGUCUUCUUCGACUAGCGUACCGACUCUGAGAGACCUUCCAUCGCCGGACGAGACUCCUGCUAAGAUGUCAAAGCUCCGACCGACAGAUUCCGUGAAUGAGGCGACGAAGGCGAUGCUUUUGGAGAGGCAGAAAGAAUACAAGCUGGCAGCUCUGAGAGCGAAGAAGGAAGGAGACAUGGAGCAGGCCAAGCUUUACUUCAGGACCAGCAAGAACUUCGAUGCAGUGAUCGAGGCGUUGGAGAAAGGACAAGCAGUCGACCUCAGUGGCCUUCCUUCCCUGCCUGGAAAAGGUGCAGGAGGAAUCUCUGCUGCAGUGAGCAAACCUUCAUCUGAGCAAAACUUGCAGGCCUCCCAAACUGUUACUGCGGCGUCUGGCCCUGCUGGCCCUUCGGCUCCCAAAGACAUUCUGGAGGCUCUGGAGCAAAGACGAGUGAAAUAUGUGGAGGCAUCAAAUCAGGCCAAAGCCAGCGGAGACGACCGCAAGGCCCGAAUGCACGACCGCAUUGCUAAGCAAUAUCAGAGCGCCAUCCGGGCUCACAAAGCCGGGAAACCAGUCAACUUCGAAGAGCUUCCAGUUCCACCUGGUUUUCCGCCGAUCCCGGGCCAGAAGGUGGCAGGCGAUGAUCAAGGGUUGGUCGCUACUCUGGAGGCGGCCAGCAAACUCGCUUCCACUAAUGUUGAAGAUGAUGAUGAAAAGGAGGAAGAGUCAAAGGUCGGUGUUUUAGAAAAGCUGAAGGAGCCGGCGUUGGACGUCCCAUCAGCCGGUCCAGAGAGGAAAAGGUCGCCGUCGGCUUCGCCUGACAGAAAGUCUCCAGAGGAAAACCUCUCGCCGGCAGCCGCUCAGCUGCUGGAGCUUUUGGACAGCAGGAAGAAACAGUUCAUGAAGGCGGCUCUGCAGGCCAAACAGAAGGACGACAUGGAGCAAGCAAAGGUUUUCCUCCGCACCGCGAAGAGCUUGGACCCCAUGAUCGAAGCGGCGCGCAGCGGCAAAACGGUCGACAUCAACACGCUGCCGUCGCCCCCUGGUGACGAGGAGGACGACUUCAUCCUGGUUCACCACAGCGACAUUCAGGUUUCAGAGAAAGCUGGCCCGGUUUACACACAACUGUCCAACAUCCUGAAGGAGCAGCAUGAGAAAUGUUUGACGUACUCCAAGCAGUUCACUCACCUGGGGAACGUCUCUGAAACUACGAAGUUUGAGAAAAUGGCAGAAAGCUGCAAGAAGAGCCUGGACGUCCUGAAGCUGGCUCAGUCCAGAGGCCUUCCUCCCCCGCCGCAUCACUUCGAGGAGAAAUCCUUCCGCACUGUGAGAAUAUUUCCAGAGCUGAGCAGCACAGACAUGGUGGUUAUCAUCGUGAAAGGGAUGAACCUCCCUGCUCCCAGUGGAAUUCAACCGAAUGAUCUGGAUGCUUAUGUCAAGUUUGAGUUUCCCUACCCCACCGCAGAGCAGCCGCAGAGACACAAAACAAACGUCAUCAAAAACACUAACUCACCAGAAUACAACCAGAGCUUCACGCUGUCGAUCAACCGGAACCACCGCGGCUUCAGGAGAGUCGUGGCGUCAAAAGGCCUCAAACUGGAGCUGCUGCACAAAGGGGGUUUCCUGCGGAGCGACAAGCCUGUCGGGUCGGUGCUCAUAAAGCUGGACAAACUGGAGUCACAGAGCGAAAUCAGGGAAAUUGUAGAGGUGAUGGACGGCCGUAAACACACAGGAGGUCGAGUUGAGGUCAAAGUUCGUCUGCGGGAGCCUCUGAGCGGCCAGGAUGUUCAGACGAGUACCGAGCGCUGGCUGGUCAUCGACUCCUCAAAGGGUCUUUAGAUUUUUAUCCAGUUCGAAGGAGUUUCACUUGAAGGUGAAAACAGCCUCAAUCAAAAACUCUUGGGAUGACAAAGAUGAGGUUCGGGGUCUCUGCUGAGGACAGUGACUGGUUCACAUGGGACUGCGACCUUCACUGACCUUGGACAUCUUUAAACUUUUGCACAUUAGCGCCACGCGGCAGCGUAUUUUUGCACAGGAGACGGUUGGUGUCGUAGAGGCAUGAAGCGAUGCGACGACUCGGGCACCGGUUUUCACGAAUCAGCUGCGCGUCUCCUGCUGAUGCUGAGGAGCUGCUCUCAUCCUGCCGGCUAACUGAAAUUCAUUUCAUAUCCUGCAGCCAAUAAUGUGUACAAAUUCCUCAUGUUUAUACGAGUCUGGGAUCGAGAACUUCACUAUGCACUAAUACCAAAGUAAUCAGAGUUGCUGUAAAAUCCUGCACAUUUGAAAUCACCUUUAGUUGCCAAAUCUGCCGCAGACGUUUGUACUGACAUUUAUGCAACAUGGCCGACAUUUUCCCACCUCCAGUUUUCACCGUUUGAAUCAUUAAGCCAAGAAGUUACAAAGAAACUUGAGGUGCGACUUUAUUUUAGAGACAACUUGCUCUCAGCGCUUCCUUCUCAGACUCGACGAUUUACAUGUGUUUUGUUUACAGAGAGGAGCACAAAACCACAGGAAACCUUAGUAUAUAAAGAUAAAGGAAGGGGUCAGAGGUCACUGAGUAACUUAUCUAAAGUAGUUGUCUUUAUUUAAUGUAGCUAAAUGAUUAGUUUCCUGCUUUGCAUCACAAUUUAAAGGGAGAAAUGAUUCCCUUUGUGGCUGGAAACUUUAUUUUCAGCAGAAAGACUGAAAACUGUUGGAUGAUGUCAAUUAAGCAAAAAAUAAUAAUUUGUAAUUAUUUUAAAGCCAUUGUUGACAUUUCAGCUCUUUCUGGUUGUUUUUUUAAAGGGCCAGUUACUGUAAAACAGAACAACUUAAAGUAAGUCAUCUGUAAAGUUAAAAUUUGAAAAAAUCUUUGUCACCAAGUCUCAUAUGUAAAACUUAAAGAUGUCUUAAAAAAUAAUAAAAUUGUCAUUUUUGCAGAAGAAUAAACUUUCACUGAACAUUUUAGAGAAAUCUAUUUAUUCAGCAGAUAAAAUUAUUUUAACACAUUAAUAUUAAAAUCCAAAAACCCUUAGGAACUUCUUUUAAAAUAAAUUUAACUGAAUAAUUUCUGAAAUAAAUUUUUUUUUAAAGCCGAUCAGAGUUUCUAGGAACUUCUAAUCUGUGACUCUGUUUCCCUGGGGAAUUAAUAAGAUGUGACACAGUCGCCCAUCUCUCCUCAGUGAGCAGGAUGAGACUGCAGGCAAAUAAAUAAAUAAAUCUCCAAAGGUCAUAGUUCAAAUAACGUUUUGAUGUCUUGCAUACUGCUGUUGGUACAUUGGUGUGCAAUGUAAGGUUGGUGGGCCAUUUGUGGCCCUCGGAAUGAUUUUACAGAUGGACACUUCUCUAAUUCCUUUAUAAAUUAAAAACAUUUCACCUCAGAAUAAAUAUAAUGAAGAGAAACCAAUUUAUUUUUCUCAAAUUCUCAGUGUGAGUUUAUGCUGCUGCAGUGAAAUAACUUUAAAAUAUAUAUAUAUUAGUUCUGAUCACAAGAGUUUGUAUCGACAGAAACUAAAUCAGUUAACAGAUUUUUGUUUUCUGAAAUGCCUCAGAUUGAGCGUGGAGAAGCUGUUAAAUUUGCAUACUGGCCCUUUAAAUCUCCCAGCUGUUUAGCACCAAAUGAAGCCAUAAAACCUGCUGAGCCAAGUGAGUCGACGCCAAUGUGACCUCAGUUUGGUCCUACAUUUCACAUUUUGUCUUUAUUCUGUGCAGAAAAGAACUUGUAAUACAUAUUUGGUCGCCAUUUUGUUUUCUGGUGUUUAAUCGACUGCAGGUUCAUAAAAUAAUCUGUCGAUGUUUCUGUGAAGCUGCACCGUAAUGUGUGUCUGAGAGCAUCUAAAACUGUAUUAGAAAUUAAUAUUCUGAUCAUGAUUCAGUGUAACAUCAAAACCAAUAAUUUUACUGUUAAUUUAAUUCUGCUGCAUAAAAGUUUUCCUGCAAAAAAAAAAGGACAUCACUUCAUUUUUCUAUAAGGUUUAUUUUACAUAUGCUUUUUUCUUCUUCUUCAAAUAACCACUUUAUGACAUUUGUAAAAGAAAAAUAAAGUACAAGAGUUUUGGCUUUCCCAAACUGAUAAUUUAAAAAAAACAAAAAAAUAACCAGUAAACAACUGAACAAGUGCAUUUUUCAGGAUUUAUUUACUGUUAAAAUGCACAAAAAAGCUGAUUUUUGUCUCCGUUUUGCAUGCAGUGUUUUUAGAGUUUUGGACAGAAACAUUUUUUAUUUUUACAACAAACAAAAUGCUACUUUUCUGGUCAAAUUGCACCUUUAGCGUCGGGGAUUUCUGACAUAUUGCACAUAUCUGAAGAGGUCACUGUAAACGAAGACUCUGAUGGGGGAAGAAUCGGUUUGUUUUGGGGCAGCAUGAAACCAAAUGACGAUCACAGGAAAUCAACCAGGAAGUGGCGAUUGUUUCACCAUUUUUUAUCACGAUUACAGAACCUCCUAAAACACCUGAUGGUAAGAAAUGAUCCGUUUCUAAUGGGAAAUGUUGGCUCUUCUGCAGAUUUUCAACAGAUUGUCAAACGUUUUGAUUCAACAGAUGAGAAGAAUCUCACGAGUAGAUGGAGAAUGAAUGUCACACCGAAUGAUUACUGUACAGACUUUUGAUUUUUUUAUUUUUAUUUUCUCUGUUGGCGGGGAAACGGAAACAAGAAGAAUACAUUCGUAGUUUUCAUCCGCAGGUCCGAGCCGCCGCUGGACGGA